AAUUUAUUGAAAAUCGGAUAUGAUUUGAAUUUAUGGGAAUUAGGAAUCAUUUCAUUGGUUCUAGAACCAUCGGAUGGCAAGAAUCUGUGAAAUGAUAGAAAAAUAGAUGGACUUUAAUAAAUGAACACAUUUUAAGUAUGAAGUUAAGGGGUUUUGACUUUUAAGUUAGUCAUUUCAAUAAUGGAUUAUAAUAAACACAUGAAGUCUGACCAAAGUCAGUUUUCUAGGGAUACUGAUUCCCAAAAUGAAGUAGAAUACUGUUUUUGGCAAAAUGAAGUAUAUGCAAAGCUUAAAAGCUGUGUAUUUUUUAAAGAACAUCUUUUUAAAUUCAUGGAAAAUGGAAUAUUUGCUUAUUCAUUUUUUUCCUGGGCUAAAAGGUGGAUUAAUUUGAUUUCUAAACAAUAUGUAGAGCCUUACAAGUUACACCCGCUCCCUGUAGCUGAUCAAAUCCUGCGUUGGCAACCAAUUUUUUCUAAAAAUGUUAGUGAUGCACUAAUCAGAUUGGAAUCUUAUGAAACAAGACAAUAUGAUCAACCAAAAAUUAUUAAGCCGAACAAGUCUAUUAUGCUAUACGCUAUAUUUAAAACAUUUGGUAAGAAUAUUGGUCUUAUUUUAUUUGGAUUUCUAGUCCUUUGCUUAGGGAAUAUGUCCAUGGUGAUAUUUGUAAAAAAGAUUUUAGAUACUGCUACAGGGAAGGUAAUCAACAUUAAACUAGUAUUUAUACUGGUACUUUCAUUUGUGUUCGUUCAAUUUAUUAUCGUAACACUCCUGGACCACCUUAAUUUUUAUAUGUAUAGAAUUAUCCAUGUGAUUCAGUAUUCAUUCUCUAUUACCAUAUUUCAACACGGCCUAUCCUGCAGAAGAAAGUUUUUCAACAACGUAAACGGAACUAAUUUUUUAAAUGUUUGUAAUAAUGUUUUACACAGUUGUUCCGCGGAUUCAGAAUGCUCAAGAAACCCUUUGUAUUGUCCCGCAAGGAGGUAUCAAAAUAGGGAAAUUAAUUCUAGGAUAUUUUCGUUCGAAUUCAUGGAUUCAUAUUACAUUUCUUUAUUUAUUGAGUCUUUAGUAUAUUUAUUGCAGUUUUUUAUCACCUUUAGCAUUGGAUUUUAUUCGAUCAGUAAAAUGGUACCAAUCAAAGCGUGGCCCUUGUGCACGUUUUCUUUAUCCGUGACGCUUUUCAUGAUAAUUGUUGAAAUUUUAAAUACAGUAAUUUUAAAGCACAUAUACAAUUUAAAGGAUUAUAGGAUAAACAAAUCUAGGGAGAUAUUAUCAGGUUUCCACUUGAUCAACAAGAUGUUCAUAGAUGAUAUAGCACAUAACAUCAUUACAGAAACAAGAAAUAAUGAACUGGUUCUGGUUUUAAUGAGAUUUGUUUUAUCGUUUAUUAAUAGAUUGUUAGUUGUAAUAUCCGUUUCAUUUUCACUGAUUUAUAUGCUGGACAACUACAUUAAUAAUGUUCUUAAGGGAGAUGACAUUAAACAGUUCAAAUCCAGUUGUACGGUUUCAUCACUGUUUGUGCUUAUCAAAAUAUGUGAUGCCAUGUUAUUUGUUCCAGAUUCUAUUAAAUUUCUUACCUACUCUUUAAUAUCACUCAUAAGAGUAGAGUACUACAUGAGAACUUGUUCUCCCAACUUCUAUAUCACUGAUAACAAGUUCACUGGAUCAACUGUAAUGUCAUACGACGUUCCAGCUGUAACUAAUGACCUUGACAAAGAGGUAGUUGUCCUAUAUAAGAACGCUUCUUUUUCAUGGAUUAACAACAGGAAGGAUUUUGUUAAUGACAAUAAUGAGGUUUAUCUGAAGAAUGUGAACUUCCAACUUAAGAGAGGUGAAAUUGCUAUAAUUACAGGUAAUCAAGGAUCUGGUAAAUCAAAUUUCAUCAAAUCAGUACUUGGUGAGAUGACACUGGUUAAAGGUUCAAUGGCAGUAGUUCCCCUCCAUACAUCAAUGCCAAUAUUUUAUGCAUCACAAGAUAUAUGGCUACAACAAGGAACUAUUAGAUCAAAUAUUACCUUUGGAUACAAAUUUGAUGAAGAAUUAUAUAAUUUGGUUGUUAGAGCUGUUGAACUAGAGUUCGAUAUAUCAACAUGGGAAAAUGGUGACUUGAGAGUAGUAUAUGAUAAUGCUCACUCACUAAGUGGUGGUCAAAGAGUUAGAAUGGAGAUGGCUCGUGCCAUCUAUGCCUAUCUCAUAUUUAGUAAGGUGAACAAAGAUUACAAUAGAAGUCAGUGCUCAUUCCUAAUGUGUCUAGACGGUCCAUUCCAUGGGUUAGAUCCCUAUGUAUCAAGAGUUAUUUUUAAUAACCUCUUCAAUGCAAAUACUGGAUUGCUUGUUAAAAGCGACCUAUCAAUUAUAAUUACAUCAACAGCAUUGGUUCUUGAUAAAAUUUGUCUCAACGAGGGAGUGUUUGCGAAUUUGACUCUUUACAAAAUAGAUGAUAGAUCCUUGAAAAGGGUAAAGGAUAUUAUUUCUAGUAAAAACUACGUACCCAAAGAAUUUUCACCCCGUAUGUCCAUGGUGUGUCCACCAAAAGAAAUGAUUAAAAUUUGUGAACCUGAUCGUAGUGACCCGACAGUUCGAGCAGAAAUAAUUAAGGGAAAAUAUGAAGAUUCACUGAUCAUCGACCCUGAAUCAAAGAAGACUACCCGUAAAUUUAAGGAAUCAUUUAAGCCGUAUAUUUUAUAUUUCAAAUCAACGGGGUUCAUGUUCAUAUUUUUUGUAUUGUUUACCCUUACGUACAUAACGUUUGAAAAUGCAACCUUUACGUUGGCAGGGGUAUUGGGAGAUGACGUGAUGGAAAUAGUUGAAAACGUAAACACGCCUUUCGAGGCAGUGUCUUCAUAUUCAACCAUAAGAAGAUUGUGUAAUGAAACCUUAGACAAAUUAAAGAUAAUAGCCGUACUCACUGUAGUAUUUUGCCUUUUUGCGAACGGAAUUUUGGCGUAUACCUGCCUUCGUGGGUGCAAAAGGAUACAUGAAUAUUGCAUCGCCUCCCUGAUGAACUCAGAGUCAAACGUUAAGAUAAAGAAAAUCAGCAGUGAAGUUUUAACGUUUUUGUCGUCAGACAUCUUUAUGAUAGACGAGAAUUUUGGCCCCUGUUUAUCAUCGUUGCUGAUUUUAUUUUUGGGAGUAAUCGUUCAAUCUGUAGUCUUAGUUUAUGCCUUUCCGUUUCUUGCGCCAGCUCUUUGUGUAACAUUUUUCAUCAUUAUAAAUUUCAUUUUUAAAAAUUUCAUACACGCAUCAAAAAAUCUUCAAAUUUCAUCCCUAGAAUCCUUAUCUAGGAACAAUUCCGUUUGUGAAAAUGCAGUUUCAUCUUCAUCAAUAUAUAGAAGCUUUAAAAAGGAGUCAAACCUUAUGGAAGACGUCACCGAAUACACUGAUUAUUGCAUAAGGUCUUGGUUUUAUUCAAAAUCAUUUCUAUCAUGGGCGUCGUUUGCUUCCAAAUUUGUGUUUUUAUUCAUGAUCUUGGUAACACUUCUAGUACCUCUUACAAUCAGGAGUUUUAAAAGAAUAACCUCAUUCGUCGGCUUUUACGGACUAGAUAUAAUGACAAGCGUUAGGAUUAUUUUUACAUUCACGAACUUCGUUGUCAACAUCGCAAAACUCGAAAUGCUAAUGUGUUCUGUUCAGAGGUUUCAGUGCUUUAUUCAACCAGGCACCAAGUGUAUAUUCGAUAAAUUCCGUAAUGUUCACGAAGAAGAUUUAGUCAUUGAUUGUAGAACUUCUGGGGACCAAGUUGAUAAAAAAAACUUGCUCAUGAGGAGAACACUUGAGUUCAAAGACACCAACCCCAGUGUUCUAAGGAGACUUAUGUUCAGGCCAAAGUUCAACUUCAUAAAAAUUGACGAUCAUCUCCCUUCUGUACAUUCCUGUGUAGAAUUGAAGGACGUCUGUGUGUAUACAAGUUCGAGAAUGAACAAGGAAGGCCUGAUCCUUAACAACAUAAAUGCAUCAACUUCUAAAUCUGAUAUCAUUGGUAUCAUUGGCAGAACAGGUGCUGGUAAGACAACUCUACUAUCUGUCCUCCAAAACACUGUUAGGAAUAGAACGGGUCAAGUUUUGUUAGAUGGCAAAGAUUUACAAGAAAUUCCCAAAAGUGUCCUGAGACAUAUCAUUGGCGUUCUUCCUCAACUACCCUUUGUCUUUAAGGGUUGGACCAUUAGAAGGUUCUUGGAUCCAAGGAGACUAUUUACUGAUGAUGAGAUUAAUGACGCACUGAAUAAAUGUGGCCUCUUGGAUUUUGUAAAUAACAUUCACGGUGGAAGAAGACUGGAUACUGUAAUUAUUCCCGAGGAUAUAGAUUUAAAGAAGACGAACGAUCAGUCAGCCAAAGAAACUUUUACUAAUGACGACUCUUUAACUGAAGAUUUUCUCAAAUCAGAUGAUAUCAUGUUAUCUGUAAGUCAGCUCAGAACACUUUGGUUUGCCAAGUUGGUAUUAUGUAGAGAUUUAUACAGGAUGAUAAUAAUUGACGAGCCACCAUCUGAUAACUGCUCAGAAGAUGGAUCUGAAGUUCAAGACAUAGGCAUACCUAUCUAUGAACUACUUGACAAGUAUUUCAAACACUGUACAUGUUUCGUUACUGCACACUACUCAAAUGCGUUGCGAAUGUGUACAUCCGUUUGGGUAAUGCAUAAUGCUCGACUUAUAAAGACUUGUAAGGCUUCAGAGGUAUCGAAAAAUGAAUCGAUUUCGAACGUAAUAGAACAACUUCUCAACAAAUAUUCCAGGAUAAAUUAAUUUUGUAAAAUAUUUAAAUUUUAAUUUUUAACGGACUUUA